AUGUUACUUUCGCGGAUCGUGCAGAAUUCCUGGCAGGGAAGAUCAUGUGUUACAAUGGUACAGAUAUUGCCUGUGCUCCAUAUGGGGAGUAUUGGAGACAAAUCCGCAAAAUCUGUACUUUGGAACUCCUCAGUGCAAAAAAUGUCAAAUCUCUUAGCUCGAUUAGGCACCGACGAAGCUAUAAAUCUCAUCAGAUCCAUCAAGCCUUUAGCUGGUCAUUCCACACUAGUCAUUUUGACAGAGAAGCUAGCAGAAUACACUAAUUCCAUGGUGGUCAGAGCAGCAUUUGGGAAAGUAGUAAAGAUAAAGCUGGUCAAGGAAUCCACGCCCCUUUGCAGUGCUUUCGAAAUUUCUGAUCUGUUCCCAUCAUUAAAGAUUCUGCAUCCAUUCUUUUCCAACAAGACUAAACUGAUGGAGAUCCAUCACAAGCUGGAUAAAGUGUUGGACAACAUUAUCGAUCAGUACCUCGACGAAGACCUGGACAACGUCAAAGCCGUCACUUAUGUAAGUCCGAUAAACAUCAUUUCCCUUCUCUGGGGGACUGAAACAUCAUCCUCGACGGUGGAGUGGGCAAUGGCCGAGUUGAUUGGACAUCCUGAGGUGAUGUCCAAGCUGCAGAAUGAAAUCAGGAUGGCUUUCAAGGAAAAGGAAACAAUUGAAGAGGAUGAUAUUCAAGAAUUGAGAUACUUACAGUCAGUUAUUAAGGAAAUUCUUAGAUUGCACCCACCAUUGCCUUUUUUGGUUCCAAGAGAACGUAGGGAGCAAACAGAGAUUGAUGGAUACAUCAUCCCUGUCAAAACCCAUGUCUUUGUUAACGUCUGGACGAUCGCGAGAGAUUCAGAGUACUGGGAUGAUCCUGAAAGUUUUAAACCGGAGGGAUUCGAUGAAAGUGACAAAGAUUUCGCAGGAAAUCACUUUGAAUAUAUACCAUUUGGCGCGGGAAGAAGGAUAUGCCCUGGAAUAUCGUUUGGUCUCGCUAAUGUCUAUCUUCCAUUAGCCCUUUUACUCUACCAUUUUGAUUGGGAACUCCCUGGUGGAAUGAACCCUAAGGAUUUAGACAUGGGAGAUGACGAUGCUUGGAAUUGCACCUCUGGUCUGGUGGUGGAUCUCCUGUCAGAGUCUCCUGCUAUGUCGUUGAGCAAGAACACCAUUGGCUUGUUUGGUGACGCCAAGAUUUUUGAUAUUAAAAAUUCAGAUGAUGAAGGAUCUUCCACCAAAGUGAGCAAGAAGAGGAAGCUGAGAAGGUUAGUAAAGGCAUCCGAAGCGGGCGCCAAGUUGAAGAAGAAGAAGAAGCAGACUCCAGCAGUCGAGAAGGAAGGACCAACCGAGGAAGUUACCCCGGUCGAGGAAGAUAGGCCCGUCGAGGACAACAUUCCUAUCGAGGAAAACAGGCCCGUCGAGGAGGGUGCUCCUGUCGAGGGGGAUAAGACUAUCGGGAGCAGUAGGAAGGAUGCUGCUGAGAAUCCGGACGCUUCUCCCGGGUCAUCGUUCUACACUGCAGCCGCUGCCAUAUUUCACUUUGGGGAUGACAGAAUCGAAUGCCCCAUAAUCAAAGAAGUGGCUGAAACAAUGACGGAUGAAGAAGCCUUAAAGAUGCUACGCACCUCUUUGGCGAGCAUUCUCAUGCGCAAAAAGAACUUGAGUGAGGAGAUCUCCAGCCUGGAGCUCAAGAAGGGGUUCCUCGAGCAUGAGAAGGCUAUUUACGAAGAAGCAAGGAAGAAGGAGCAACUAAUUCGAGCUGCUAAGGAGGAAGAGCUAGCCACGGCCUAG